UCUUUCAAGACACACAGACAACGUGAAAUUGAUAUUUGAAAGGUAUAAAAGACCUAAACAACAAUAAGAACCUAGUGCAUAACAGUUAAACUCGAUAUAUCUCCAGCAUAGCUUUCUAAACUAAAAUAAAAAUUUGCAAUUGUGAGAAAUAUUCAUAUCAUCAUAAAAAUGAAAGAAUGUUACAAAAUUUGGUGCCUUCUUUUACUUUUUCUACCAAAUUUAUCUACCGGUGAGCAAAAUUCUAGCGAAAUUGAGAAAAAUCUGUCAGACGAAUAUUUGGAAUUAGAAGACAGUCCUGAGGAUUCCUUUGAAAUUUUAGAAGAUUUCGUAACGAUUCGUUCAAUUCCAAGUGUGGGAAGGAAGAAAAUUUAUAAAAAGCCACUUACUGUUGAACCAGACGCCGAAAUGCUGCCAAUUAACUACAAGAGAAUUCAACCGCCGGGAGUGGAUCACAUGGAAAUGAUAUUUACUCAUCCUAAUAAAAUCCGUUCUCCAAAAUAUACGAAAAUACUUGAAGAUUCAAAGUCAGAUGAAGAUGUUUCUAUUCAAAAAUAACUGCGGUUGUAUGUGGAUCUAAAUAAAUUUAUAAACAAAAAGUUGUUAUGAUCUUUGUGUGCAUUGUUAA